GUUUGCAAGCCGCCUUUAAAAACCACAGAAGAAGAACAAGAAGAAGACUCAACGCAAACAACAAUGGCGGCCUGCAUAGAUUACUUUGAUCGCGGCGUCGAUUCCGUUAUUUCUAAAAUGAAAAACAUCCCUGUUUUGAAAGACGAACAGAGAGCUGCUCUGAAGGAGUUUGUUGGUGGCAAAGACGUAAUCGCUCUCCUUCCGACCGGGUUUGGGAAGAGCCUCAUUUACCAAAUAGCUCCACUGGUAGUGAAGGAGAUGGGAGGACAUCCAGAGCCCAUCGUCAUCAUCAUAUCUCCACUCAUUGCUCUGAUUGAGGACCAAAUCCGCGAGGCAGGACUUUUGGGGGUUUCAGCUGCACAGCUGGGAGAAGGGAAGGACAGCGAUAUCCUCAACGGACAUUACCAGCUUGUGUUCGGCAGUCCCGAGUCCUGGUUAAAAGAAAAAUGGCUGGCCAUGUUGGGCUCAACUGUUUACCAGACGAACCUUGUGGGGAUUGUGGUCGACGAGGUUCAUGUCACCUAUAAAUGGGGUCAAGGUGCGAAAGGGAAUCCAGCCUUCAGAGAGAGCUUUUCUCGUCUGGGAGAACUCCGUUCAAUUGUGAGAGAAGGUACGCCUGUCAUGGCCUUGACAGCAUCAGCUGAAAUUGCCAACAGAGACCGCGUCUCCCGUCUGCUACACAUGCACAGUGCUACUCAGAUAACUGUGAGCCCAAACAGACACAACAUCAAGCUUGGGCUGAAGCAUGUUCCCAAAGAUGAUCUGGGCUGCAUGGAUUGGGUGGUAACUGAAGUCAGACAGAAGGGCCUGUUGUUGUCUCCCAUUAUUAUUUAUUGCACAUCGCUCAAGACCGUUGGAAGAGUAUUCUGCCAUCUUAAAGCUAAGCUUGGGGAUGAUGCAUGGGUGGACAGAGAUCCUGAUCACAAGGCUGAAAACCUACUGAUUGGAAUGUACCACAGUAAGACAUUACCACAGUACAAGGCCAGAGUGCUUGCAUCCUUCACUGGUGAGGGUAGUUGCAGGGUUGUUGUGGCUACAACUGCAUUGGGGAUGGGUGUUAACUUCCCUAACGUGUCUCAUGUAGUCAUGUACGGAGCACCUGAGGAUGUGGAAGGCAUAGUGCAGCAGGUUGGUCGGGCUGGGAGAAACUGUCUGCCAUCACAUGCAGUGUUGUAUGCUAUAAAAGGAGCACCCAGGGUAGACAAGACAGUAAGUGCAGUGAUUAAGGCAGGGGCACAUGGCUGUUUUAGGAAAGCCCUAUUUAGCCACUUUGAUGCACAAGCCACAAGUUUGGAGCCAGGUCAUUUGUGUUGCAACUAUUGCCACUCCAUUUGUUUGUGUUCAUCUGGUGUUUGUGUAGAGCCUCUUCCAAAAUGUGAGUUGGUACCACCACAAGUAUCCACUACCCCACCAAGAUGUAGAGAAGUGACAGAAGAGGACAGGGACAUUAUCAGGGACUGCUUACAGAAAUACAGGCGUACUCUAGUACCAGACAUGCCACUAGUCACAAACAAGACGGUCUGCACAGGGUUUGGGAUGGAGCUUAUCGAUGCAGCAGUGUGCCACAGCCCUUACAUCUUUGAGCUCAGUUACAUAACAAACCACCUACCUGUAUUUAGGGUACGGCAUGCACAAGAAAUUCUACUGGUUAUGAGUGAAGUGUUUUGUGACUUUGAGUAUUCUGAGCCAACUCUUCCUGAUGACGAUUUCUUGGAACCAGAUAUAGAUUUUUCUUACUAUUUUGAUGAAUCUGAUGAGGAGUUUGAAUUUGAACAACACAGCAGUGGUUCAGACUCAGAUAUUGGGAGCAGGGCAGUACAUCACAAUGCCUUGUAAAUGUAAAUAAUGAUGCACACAGGUAAAUGUAAAUAAUGUACACAGGUGAUUUUGACAAAUGUAAAUAAAAUUUAAUUGUGGAAAAACUGAGUAAUGUUUUGAUUGUACAGCAGUGAGCAUUUAAGAAGUGAAGACAAAUAUGAAUUUCAAUAUGUACAAAUGAAAAUACAUUAGAAUUGGCAUUGCCUUUACAGUACAAUGCACAUAAAUAGAUAGAAAUAUGAAUUUAAGAUAUACAAAUGACAGUUACUGGUAAUACACAAAUAUGUACAGUUAACAAUGUUACAUUACAGUAAUACACAAAUAUGUACAGUUAACAAUGUUACAUUACAGUAAUACACAAAUAUGUACAGUUAACAAUGUUACAUUACAGCCAGUCUAGAAAAAAAGAGGUAUCGCACACCAAUAAAGUCUUUCUUGAGGUGCUGGCUUCCUGAGCAUAUAAAUGUUAAAGAAAAAGAAAAGAAUGCCGCACACUCUGCUCCAUGUUUUAAUG